AUUAAAAAAAUAUAAAAAAAUUACCAAAAUUCAUGAUUUUUUUUUCUCUAUAAAUAGAGACUUGGUUCGUUUGAUUUGGACACAGAAAAAAAACCAAGUUUUCCAUCAUCUUAUUCAUCUUAUUAUCUUUCAACUAUCCCUUUUGCUUUGAAAUGGAUCCCAACAACUACCAUUUCAACACCCAGAAUUCUUCUAACCAAAUUCCCAACAAUUAUCAACAUCCAAAUCAGUUUCCCAACAAUUAUCAACAUCCAAAUCAGUUUCCCAACAACCAAAUUUCCAACAAUUAUCAACAUCCAAAUCAGUUUCCCAACUACCAAAAUCCCAACAUUUAUCAACAUCCAAAUCAAAUUUCCAACUACCAAAAUCACAACAAUUUUCAAGAUCCAACUCAAUUUCUCAACCAACGUCCUCAUCCCCAUCAUGGAUCUAUGUUCAGAUAUCCAUCUCCAACACCGUCGUCUAAUGAUGGUGCACCUGAAUUUCCCGAGUUUUCAACACAAAUGAAUCUUACUGGCAUGACAGCUGGUAAUGAAGCCACUCCAAAUGAAGAGGAUUCAACUCCUACGAGCAGGAGAAGUCACUUACCAGCAUGGAACACUGAUCAAAAUAAGGUGUUAAUUAGUGGGUGGCUUAAAUAUGGAACAAACAGUGUUGUCGGGAGAAACCAAAAAGGAGAAACAUUUUGGGGUCAAAUUGCUGAGUAUUGUAAUCAACAUUGCUCAUUCAAUCCUCCGCGGGAUGGAAAUGCAUGCCGAAACCGUUAUAAUUAUAUGAGCAAGCAAAUAAAUAAAUGGAUUGGCGCUUAUGAAGGCGCUAAGCGUAUGCAACGAAGCGGUUGGUCGGAGAAUGAUAUUUUGACCCAAGCGCAAGAAUUAUACGCAGAUGGGAAGAAGGGUCAAUUUAAUUUGAUGGCAGAAUGGGAGGCUCUCCGCGAUCAACCACGUUACAGUAGUCAAGCAGGAGGAAGUCGUAGAAAUAUAAUAUUGGAGGGUAGCGCACCUCGUGGUAGAAAAUAUUUCAGUAGAGAUCAUGCAGGGGCAAACCAAAGGCUAAUUGACGACUACUUUGCCAAUGAGCCUACAUACGACGAUGGAAUAUUCCGUCGCCGGUACCGGAUGCAAAAACAUUUGUUCCUUCGAAUCGUUGCGGACCUUUCAAGUAGUGAUAGCUACUUCACCCAGCGAGUCGAUGCAGCGAAGAAAGAAGGUAUAUCGCCCUUAGCAAAAUGCACCACAGCAAUGCGAAUGUUAGCAUAUGGUGUGGCAGCAGAUGCAGUCGACGAGUACAUCAAAAUAGGAGAGACUACAGCAUUGGAGUGUGUACGUAGAUUCUGUAAAGGAAUCAUACGAUUGUAUGAGCAAGAGUACAUGAGAGCACCAACCCAAGAGGACCUGCAAAGAAUACUACAGGUUAGUGAAAUGCGGGGGUUCCCAGGCAUGAUCGGGAGUAUUGACUGCAUGCACUGGGAGUGGAAAAAUUGUCCUAAAGCAUGGGAAGGUCAAUUUGCUAGAGGGGAUAAGGGAACUACCACAGUUAUUCUUGAAGCAGUUGCAUCUCCUGAUCUUUGGAUCUGGCAUGCUUUUUUUGGAUGUCCGGGAACCUUGAACGAUAUAAACGUUCUAGACCGGUCACCAGUGUUUGAUGAAUUGGAACAGGGAAACGCUCCACGUGUGAAUUUCAUCGUGAACCAACGUCCCUAUAAUAUGGCAUACUAUCUAGCUGAUGGUAUCUACCCUUCUUAUCCAACUUUCGUCAAGUCUAUUAGACUUCCUCAAACUGAACCCGAUAAGUGCUUUGCAAAACAUCAGGAGGGAUGUCGGAAGGACAUCGAACGUGCAUUUGGAGUGCUUCAAGCUCGUUUUAAAAUCAUCCGUGAACCAGCUCGCUUCUGGGACAUAACUGAUUUGGGUAUCAUCAUGAGGUCAUGCAUCAUAUUACAUAAUAUGAUUGUUGAGGAUGAACGAGAUACAUAUGCUCAACGAUGGACCGAUUUUGAGCAAGCUGAGGGAAGUGGAUCUAGUACACCGCAACCAUACUCGACCGAGGUGUUACCCGCUUUUGCGGAUCACGUGCGUGCUAGAUCCGAGUUCCGUGAUCCAAAUGUCCAUCACCAACUACAAGCAGAUCUAGUGAAGCACAUCUGGGCAAAGUUUGGAAUGUAUGAUGAUUAAAUAUGCUUUGUAUCGUACUAAUUACGUU